CUCUUUGACAAGCUUGGUUGGCGCGCGAUUUGAAUAAAUACGGUGCACAGAAAACAAGACGACACGAUUAAGCUGAAAUGGCAAAUUCUACCAAAAUGACUUCUUAAAGUAUUUGGUAGCGAUCAUUUAUGCUUGUGUUAUCCCUAAAUGCCUUAAAGAUAAAUCAAAAAUGGAAGGAAAGAUGACGAGCGAGGCUUUAUGCGCAAAGUUUAAUGAUCUUGGAACACGAUUUGGAUGGUUCCGGAGGCCGAUUGACGAAACUAUUAUCUUGUUAUCUAAAGAAAUCGAGAAUCGAAAAAAUUUGGAGCGCAAAUCAAGUCAUUCGGACAAAAGCAUCCAGAAUCUUGUCAUUCACACCGAGAACACUUCGAGUGAUCACCAUAGAAAUACGCCGAUUAUUUUGGCUGACAGUGAUUGUACCGAUAGUUCCGAUGCGGUAUCUCGUCCUGCCAGUGCAGAACCAUUUGCUUCACCUCCCCAACCAAAAAGUCUACGGCAGCGGAUGCUACAGAAAUACAACCCAGAAAACAGUGUUGAUGAUAGUGAUUCAGAUGAUCUUGAGUCAUUUUUUACCAAGCACAGGACACCUAUCCCACUCCGCCUGUCAGGAACUCGUCAAUCAGGAACACCUAGUGAUCUUGAGAGAACAAAGAAAACAAAAAGUCGAGGCAGUUUGGAUGAUUUCAUUGUAAGUGAUGAGGAUUCCUCUGACGAUGAUGAAAGACCAGUGCUAGACUGUGACAGAGAAGUUUUUGAGGAUGAGCCUGCUUUAAAUAAAGACAAUCUACCAGAAACAUGGACAUUUGCCACACCAAAACCUGUAAAUAAACCACCAGGACUCAAGACCAGUGCUUUGACAACUGGUGGAAAGAGCCGUAAGACCAAGUACACUCCCUCCAAUAGGACUGCAUCUUCAGCCACACCACCUCGUCCUGGUAGUACUCUAGACUCAAUUGUUACCCCCUACAGUAAUGCAAAGAACUUUAAGAAAGGCAAAGAGCAGUUGGCAAAGGAGUUGUUUGAGCUGUACAAUAAUACUGUCUUUGAAAAAAAGCUCCCAGCUGAUUUCAGUAUAACCUGGAACAACAAGAUGAGAAGUACAGCAGGGUUUUGUUACUAUGGAAGGAAGGCAGGUAUAAAUACUGCAAGGAUUGAGCUUGCCGACAAAGUAAUUGAUUCUGCAGAUCGCUUGCGUGACACACUCAUCCACGAGAUGUGUCACGCCGCUGCCUGGCUUAUAAGCGGCGUCAAGGCUGGACAUGGCCCUGUUUGGAAAAAAUGGGCGGCAAGGGCAAACUACAUACUUCAAGAUCUCCCGCCAAUCAGCCGUUGCCAUACCUACAAGAUAAACGCUAAAUUCGUCUAUGCAUGCACUAAUGAAUUCUGCUCAAACACAAUAAGCCGUCACUCAAAGUCCAUCAAUACCGAAAAACAAAGAUGUGGAUACUGCCACAGGUCUCAAAGGAAUAAAAGCAAAACGAAGCAAAUGCAAGAAACAAUAGAAAAGGGAAAUAUAACAAUAAAGAGGCCUUCAAAAGGUGCUACGCUAAUCACAAAGUUCUUUGGGACUUCGGUGUCUAAUAACACUGACAAUGCCAGCGAAAAAAGGAAAUCAGAUGAAAUUCUGCACCAAGAAGCUACUAGUUCGGAAAUUGAGAACCCCAGUCACGUUCCAAGAGAUUCUUGUUCCAAAUCCCAAACCUUCAACCCUGUUAGAAGCGGUGUUCCUGUGUCUAAGAACCUCAGCAAUCUUCGAAAAGAUUUUAGUUCAGAGAUUCUGAUUGAUACCUCUAUCACUAUACAACGUUUUUCUAAUUCUAAAAUCAAGACAUGCAAUCUUACCUCAACUGUUCCUGAUUCUGAAAGUGACAUCAUCAGCUCUGGUCCAAGAGUUCCUGAAAGUUCUGGGAUCGGCACUCCUAGCCCUGCCCCGCUCUAUUUUUUGUAUGACUGUGAGGGGACGGGAGGGUCAGUCUAUAGCGAUCACAUCAUUGAGAUAGCAGCCUCAGUCCAGCCGUUGCCAGAAGAAGUGAAUCUUACAACAACUGAAGAGUUCCAGUCCCUUGUGUAUACUUCAAAGAAGAUUCCAAGAAUUGUGUCUAACAAAUGUGGCAUCAAGAAGAGAACCUUGCGUGCCAAGCCUGACUUGUCAAAGGUUUUGACAAAGUUUUCAAAAUGGCUGAAAAUAGUGACUUUCCUGGUUGAACGUUCCACUGGAAAGCCCCACUACCCAGUUCUCCUGGCGCACAAUGGGUUUUCCUACGAUUUUCCCAUUCUCUUGUCCGAAAUCAGUAGAAGGAAGGACAUGGAUCAGAACAUCUUGUCGUUUGUGCAGUUUGGUGACACAUUGGUCCAUCUUAGGCAGCUCCGAAAAAAUCAAUCAACGAAGAUGCUCACGCCUAGUUCUAAAGUGGGAAUGGAAAGUCUGUUUUCUACGUAUUUCCCCAAAGAAAACUACAAUGCACACAGAGCGCUUGAGGAUGCUAGAGCCAUGAAGAGGGUCUUCUAUGGAACAGAGCUCGCUGCGUUUAUGCACCAAAUACCAGUACGCACGUACUCGACACAAAGAAAUGAAUGGCAGGAAGUGGAAAAGGCGCGAAACAUCUCCACAGACCUGGUUACCAAGUUACGAGGCAUGCUUAGUGAGUCGAUGGCGAGGACAGUUGCAAAGAGAGGUCUUACAUAUGACGUCAUUAAGAGCUUGUCAAAAACAACCAAUAGGGAUAGGUUUCUGCUGCAACUCGAUGAGUGGGAUCUUACGAGUUCAUGCAUGCAAAAACUAGCUGACUUUUUCUAUCAGUGAUAAAAAAAAAAGUUUCAUUCAACAAAGGAAGAAAGAACAUACACAAAUAAUUUUUGUUGGGGGCCCGUUAGUGCUUAUUUUCAUAUUUCACAAUUUCUGCGUUAGCUAUUGAAGUUUAUAUUAUUAGUAAUUAUACUUUAUGGAAUAACAUAAUUAAAAUUUAAUAAAUGCUUAUAUGGAGAGUAAUUUUCUAAACUUCGCAUCAAAAUGUGCCUAAUUAUAUAUGGAAAAAAGUGAAAGCAUUAAAUGUACAUUUGCGACAGUAUAUGGCAUUGUAAGAUAGUUUGUAAUAUUAUAAGAAAGGCUUAGUUGUACAUCUAAAAAAAGGAUAAAAUUGUAUAGAUAUAUAUUGAGAUAUAUAUUGAUAUAAUAUAUUCGUUGUAAAUAUUUACGUUAUUGAAGGAUUAUUUAUGGAAUUUUAUUAGAUCGAUUCUUUUAAUAAAAAAACAAGCAUGCUAUGUCUGUUUUUUUCGAUGUAUUUUCUUCCCUGAUCAGACAAUGAAACCAUAUAACAAUGAUCCUUAGACCUUGUGAGGGUCAAUGGUACUAGGGAAAGGGAGGAGAUAAACCCAAAACACGUAUCAAAAUGCGGUGCCUUUUUUUUUCCUUGUUCCCUUUUUUUUCCCUUUUUUUUGUGGGGGGGGGGGGGAGGGGUGAUGAGACAAAUGCGAUAAUCAUUUAAUUACCGAAUUGGGUUUGUUUGUAUCACGAUAAAAUUCACCCCAUCAUACUAACGUAAUCUAAUGAUGGAAAUAUAGAGACGUUUAAAUGUG